AUGGCUUUCAUGAUGAGGUUCAUGCUCGCAUUGAAGCCCGUUCUUGAGGGCACAAUAUGGAAAGUUGAGAGUGAUUCACAUGGGAUGCUCUUGUCCGGGGAGGACUGCAACGAGGACUUGGACCAGAUCAAAGAGCAGUACCGCACUCGAUCGACAGGCCAUGGCUUCCAGCGGGUCAUGUUACAGUUAAAGGGCCGUUGGGGCCGUUGGAGAUUCGCAACAAGCGGUCCUAGAGCAGUGUUCGAGGUGCUAUUGGCCGUGGUGGGAUACUUACUGAUGCUUGCUGUUAUGACCAUGAACGUGGGAUACUUCCUAUCAGUUAUCGCGGGUGUCUUCUUGGGUACUUUUGCCCUAGGAGACCUGGCUACAACCAGCUCGUUAUACCAAGAGCAUCACUGUUGA